AUGACAAUAGGCACAUUAUCGCCAUAUGGAUGGCAAAAACAACCUUCCCUACGCGCACACAAAUGCAAUAUGUUGCUAUUCACAAACGAAAUAUUCGUUUUUGAACCAACAUUAGCCUCGAAUUUUCUUACGGAUAACAGCCUCAUGGCUAUCGAUUUUCUUGCCUAUAUCUGGCCGGAAUUUACGCUUUCUGGACCAGCCGCCCAAGUGCUUCCUGAAACUCGACCAGAGCCGGUAAAACUCCGGCGACCUGAGCUGCAAGGGAGUCCCCCUAGCCGACCUGAGGCGGAGGUUGAUUUGAUACUUCCCGGAAGACAAGAACGACCUCUGCCGGCCGAGGGUUCUGAAGUUCCCUUCCAGAAGGUCCUCGAUCUCUUUCUUCAACCUGGGCUCCCCAAUGUCGAUUGCGGCGAAUCUCAGAAGGGUUUCGUUGAAAACCGGUUUUUUAGGGUUCUUAACCUGCGAGGCUUCGUAUCUCAGCUGGAACGAGCUUUUUUGGUGAAAAAGCAACCUUACGGUGAGCGUGGCCGCCAUAGCCACGAGCAGAAGGAGGCUGUACAGGGGGAGCACGCCGCGCUUCAUUGGGUUAAAUUAACGACGGAUCCCGAGAAUCUUGGCCGUCCGGCGGCGCGUGCUAGAGUUUGGGAGAUAUUAGGAUUUGGAGGGGAUGAGAAUGGUUCUGUUGCGAUUCAUCUCGGGCAAGGAAGUGGGAAAUUGAAGCACGACUGCGCGAACAUUAGGAUUUGA